CUCCGUAUCGCAUGAUGCCUGCAGCCAUAAUGCCUGCAUCAAGGCUAGAAUGUCAAUUUGCCCCGAGGAAUCCACAGACGGUCGAUCUUGACCAAUUCCUUGUCCAGGAAAAAAUUAAUAAAUAAUAAGUCGCGUGUCCAGACGAGCUGUUGACCUGUCGUUGCAGUCGCCGUUGCUCAUUCCCCCCUCACCUUCGACUCCAAGUUCGAGUGCCUGUCCUUCGAGUCGAGUUCGAGCCCUGUCCUUCGACCACCAUGGCGGUCCAGUCGGAAAAGACGCCGGAGAUCGACAACGUCGUGGACGACUACGCGGACGAGACGGCGGCGAAGAAGUACAAUGACCUGCAGCUGAAUGUCGGCGGCCGGGGAGCGACGCAGCGACGCCUGCGCAACUACCAGGUGACGAUGAUCGGGUUCUGCGGCGGUCUGGGAACGGGUCUGUUCGUGGGAACGGGUUCGGCAUACGCGGACGCAGGGCCGGCAGGACUGUUGCUGGCGUACGGGAUCGUGGGGAUCGUGCUGUGGUGUGUGAUGCAGAGCAUCGGCGAGCUGGCGACGCUGCUGCCCACGGCGGGCUCAUUCCCGCACUGGGCGACGCGCUUCAUCGACCCGGCGGUGGGCUUCUCGCUGGCCAUCUCGUACGGAUACUGCUACACCAUCUCCAUUGCCGCCGAGGUGUCGGCCUCGGCGGUGCUGGUCUCGUACUGGACCACGCUGACGCCCGCGGUGGUCAUCACCGUCGGGUUGGGGCUCAUCCUGGCCAUCAACCUGAUGAGCGUGCGCUUCUACGGCGAGACAGAGGUCAUCGCGGGCUCCAUCAAGAUGCUCUGCUUCAUUGGCCUGGUGAUCGUCUCCAUCGUCAUCACCGCAGGCGGCGGCCCAAACCAUGAAGCCAUCGGGUUUCGGUACUGGCACAAUCCGGGUGCGUGGACGGACUACGACGGCAUCACGGGCCCAACAGGACACUUCCUGGGCUUCCUCUCCUCCUUCGUCAACGCCUCGUUCAGCUUCAUCGGCGUCGAAACCGUGGUCAUCACCGCCGCCGAGGCCAUCGACCCGCACCGCGCCAUCCCCAAGGCCACCCGGCGCGUCACCUACCGCAUCGGCUUCUUCUACGUCCUCGGCGCCUUUCUCAUCGGCAUCCUCGUCAACCCAACCAACCCCAACCUCGUGUCCGGGUCCGGCAACGCAAACAGCUCCCCCUUCGUCAUCGCCAUCCAGGAAGCUGGCAUCUCCGCCCUCCCCUCCAUCGUCAACGCCUGCAUCCUCAUCUCCGCCUGGUCCGCAGGAAACUCCUACUGCUGGGUCGGCUCGCGCAUGAUCCUCGCCCUCACCACCGACCACCAGCUGCCCCAGUUCUUCGGCCGCGUCAACAGCAAGGGUGUCCCUUAUGUAGCCGUCAUUGCGUCCUGGCUUUUCGGCCUCUUCGCCUACCUCAGUCUCGGCUCCGGCGGCCCCUCCCAAGCAUUCACCUGGCUUCUCAACCUAAGCACCAUCGCCGGGCUGAUCGCCUGGGCAACGCUCUGCUUCUGCUACAUCCGCUUCUACGCAGCUCUUAGAGCCCAAAACGUCAGCCGCGACACCCUCCCCUGGAAAGCCCCCCUGCAGCCCUACGCCGCUUGGGUGGGCUUCAUCGGCUCCACCAUCAUCACCCUCGUCGCGGGCUUUCCCGUCUUUCUCAAGGGCGAGUGGUCCACUUCCGACUUUCUGGCUUGCUAUAUCGGUAUUCCCAUCUUUAUCAUUCCCAUUCUCAUCUGGAAGCUCGUCCAUCGCACAAAGUUCCAACGCGCUUCGACUAUAGAUUUAUGGUCCGGUCGUCUUGUGGAAGGCGAGAUCGUCGAGGAUCCGAACCCGCGAAACACCAUUGGGAAACGUAUCGUCGAUUGGCUUUUUUGAGCAUUUUCACAUUAUAUGUUCCCUAGGAGUAGAAUACUUGUAAUUACCAUACUUCUCUAAGUUCAAGGAAUGACUAUGAAUUAUCAUUGAAACAAUA